AUGGCUUUGCCGGAGCUUUCUUUUGAGGUUCUGGGUCAAUUGUCUAAGGAAUAUUUGGAUCAUGCUCACAGAGUGGCAGGUGAUAUAAAGGAUGAGGAUCAGUUGAAGGACUAUUUUAAGCUUGUUUCUAUGUCUGUUCAGUGCUUGCAAUAUCUCAAAACGAACUAUCCUUUGUCCAUUGCCCAGGAUGCCGAGAUCACUUAUCAAUUAGUUGAAGUACUUCUGGAAGAGACACUCAAUUUCGACCUCGCAGAGGCUUAUCUUUCAAGCAUACGAGAAAGAUUACAAAAUCAUCAUGGCUCUUAUUCUAACUGGUCUGUGCUUCACGAGAAAAUGAAAUUCGAAUUCUUGACAUUAUAUGUUCUACCAAUGAAAAGAGACGACAAGUUUCACUACAGGAUUGCAUUAAAGAAUUGCGACGAAGUAGUUCAUUUUCUGGCAGAGUGGAAAUACGAUAAAAAUGUGACAGGAUCGUGGCUGCUAAUAUUUCAAUAUGUUAAUAUCAGACUGAAUAUCAAAUUGAAUAACGUCAAGCGUGCCUUGUCGCAGUUCCAAGAGAUGACCGUGGUUGGCAAAGGUUCUACUGAAUGGAAAUCAUUUAUUAUUUUAUGCCAUGUCAAUUUCUAUUUGAACCAGCGACUUAUAAUACCAUCAUACUUGUUGAAAGCUUUGGGUUCGCUAUCAUGCGAUCAAGUUGGUGCCAAGUUGUAUGGUUGGAAACUAAUGCUCGAACUGAUCAUUCAGAUUUACAAAGAUAGUGAUAUUACUGGCAAUUUGAAUGAGUUCAAGGAGUUUUUUGCGGAGCAAAAGGACGCUUUAAAAGAUGAUCAGGAUUCAGUAACUCUAGAAAUCGGCCCAAGUGUCCACAUGCAUAUUCAGCUUUCUUCUGUCUUUCAAUACAAACAUUUAAAAAAUGUUUUACUGUUACUGCAAAGUGUGAGCUAUUUGGUAAACUGCUAUGCAAAAAGAGCAAAUUUCUCAACAAAAUUUCUACCCAAGGUUUCUUUAACUACAAAGAAGCUAAUUAGUAGCGUUACUCAGUCGGGGCCCCAUUCUUUAAGCUUUUAUGACUCCAGAAUCGAGUGGUACCGCACGAUUCAGCAGUUUUCAGAAUUCUAUCAAAAGUGGGAGGGACUUCUCCUGACUGGUCAAAUCAAAGAUACACGAGGGAAUACGUUCCUAACACAAGAUUAUGCUGCUCUUCUGUCUGUAAUUUCUCAUCAAAUUGGUUCGAUGAAGGAUGGUUCUCAGAUAUGCGAUUCUUAUAAUGAAAUCAUUUCCCGCAAUCGAACGUCAAAUGAAGUUAGGAUGGUGGCAUUAUUGAAUGCCUACAUCAUUAGAGUAUCCCUUAUGAGCGGAAGUGUUCAGAAACAAGAACAGCUGAUACAUUGCAAUUCGCUUUGGCUGCAAAUAACAAACACCUUAGAACAGACUGAUUUGCACUUGAAUCCUACAUGGGAUUGUACUGUGGUUGUCAUAUGGCUAAUUUCUCAUUUUGAGUCAUUUACUGCGUAUCCUUUACCAGUGAGUGACGAUGAAAGGAGUUCCUACAUUGAAAGAUUCAAAGUAUACUAUGAGAAAAACAAAUUCGAAGGAAACGAAGUAGAUAAUGAUUUGAAUGAUUCAGGUGUUAAAAAACUUAAAAAAAGUCUCUUAAUGCAAAUCCUAUUGAACUACGUUGGUGGUAGAUUGUUUGAACAAGACCUUACUGUCAUAUCGCAAAUUUCUGGAAUUUGCUUCCGCCUUGCUCGACAACAAAAGUUUUUAAUAUUAGAAUAUGUUGUGGGAUUGUGGCAUUUAAUGAAUUGUACUGUUGCGAUGAAAAGGAAAGAGGUCGUUCUCGUAACAGCAACGCUCGAUUCAAUUGUUAAGAAAUUAUCAGCGGGUGAACAAUCUAGUGAACCUGCUUCUUGA